CACCCUCCCAGCACGGAAGACCUGACACUCCUCACACACAUCCUCCCAGCACGGAAGACCUGACACUUCUCUCAACUUCCCUGUCACUCUUCACACAUUCCCGAAACACCUGAGCGAACGCACACUCCUGAGACAGACGUGCAGCAUGGGCUCAGUGGAGGAGGUGCCUUUUAAGAUCCCGCUGGGCGCGCUAGGGGAGGUGAAGGAGGAGGUGGAGCCGGUCUCUGCGCCCGACAUCACCGUUCCAGACUACCUAACGGUCCUACAGGAGACAGAGUAUGCGUUCAGACUGGAGAACUGGGUUCUUACGGGCCUCCAGGGGGGAUACCCAACCCAGCCCCAGGCCCAAGUCCCACGCUCCCCCUCGGACGUGCUGCCCACCUGCCCUCCCUAUUGGAUGAUGUUCAGCAGCCCGCAGGAGAGCCGUCUGGCCAGCAGGUGGAGCAGUGACCUGUGGGAGCCCAACCCUCUCCGCCGCUGCCGCAGCCUCAACGCCUCGCACCUGCGCAACAUCGACGGCCGCGUCCACUUCACCAUCUCCGACUCGGACAACGAGGAGGAGGAGGACAACAGUGGUGGUGACGUCGGGGUGACAGGCACUCGCUGUCAAGGAGGAGACUUGAAGAACGGUGCCGGGUCCUCGCAGCGGUUCCUGGACCUGCCGGGAAGCCGGUGUGUACAGGCACAGUCGGUUCCAUCUAGGCCGCAGCAGCAGAACCAACUCAGGAACUUGCGGCAAGCAUCCCUGUCCGCGCGGAACCCGCCCCGCCCGCCGACCCUGAGGAGCAUCAGCCUGUCUGAUCAGAGAUCGUCACGUAAGAAGACCUCCAUCACAGUGUCCAAGAAGAGCCAAGCACCGGUCCCCACCAUCAGAUACACCAAGCCCUCUGUAUUGUCCCUGUGCUCCUUCCCUCGGCCCCCGCCUGCCUGUGGAGAACCUCGGCCGCUGGGUUCCCAUGCGGUGGUGGACUCCUCGGUGGAGCUGCUGUCGGCGCUGAGCGACGAGGAGAGGGACCUGGUGGAGGCCAUCACGGAGCACGGCUACUCCCUCAGGACCGCCAUCAUCGCCCUGCAGAAGACCAGAGAGCACAGCUCAGAGCAGAUCCUGAAUUACCUGGUGGCCUGCAACCGCCUGUGUGGCCUAGGAUAUGACGAGGCCGAGGUGGAGGAGGCUCUGGAGAUGUUCCAGAACUGUGAGACCAAGGCUGAGGAGUUCCUUCAACUCCUGAACCAGUUUAAUGAGAUGGGCUUCCAGCAGAACGCCAUCAAGGAGGUGCUGCUCGUGCACGAGAACCACCGAGAGCGCGCCCUGGAGGAGCUGAUGACGCGCGUAGCCUGACACCCAGCUGGACCAAUCACACAGCUCAACACUGGGCCGUGGCCUGUGAGAAUAGACACGGCUGGCCAGAGCUAACCAAUGACACAACACAACACUGGAUGAACUGGGUGUUGUCCUGGCACACAUGGAUAAUUCUGUGUGCACUGGUUUGCUAUGCCAAAGCUUUCUUCCUAUCUCUGGCUGGAACAGAAGGGAUUGAACACUGUGGCCUUGGAAAGCCACCUCUCUGUGUAUGCACAGCUCUGUACAUACAUAAGCUGAUAAGCACAUACGAGCAUUUAUUAUACGGCUCUGUUCGACACUUAUCCCAUAUCUCGACUUAUUUUCCCAUGAUGGCCGACGAACAAUACGUUAUCCCUUCAGUAUGUAGAUCAGUAGGCCUAAUGCAGGAUUUAGUUUCUAUGUUACUGUUUAGACUCCCUGUUUACUGUUGUUAUUGUUGUUUUUAUUGGUAUUAUUGCUACUGGUUCGUUCUAUGGUGCCUCCACUCACUGGUAGGACUGACACAACAGGCCUUACCCAGAACCGCCUCUGAAAUGGACACGAGCCGGUCCGGAUCUGAGAGGGUUCUAGUUAGUAGAUCCAUGUCAUGUCAGAUCUAAAUCUGUCCCGUUGUCUGGUACUAGCUGAUUAGGCAGUUUUGCACCAGCUAAAUGUUUGCACUAAUCUGUAUAUCACAGUUGUUUAAAAAUCAUCUUGUUUAUAUGAA